CUUGCAAUCCCUGCUUAUUCUUGAUGUUUCUGCUUCAUCUAAUCCCAUUGUUCCAUUUUCCCACCAAACCUCCAUUUUGUCCCCAUGAAUAUCAUCUCACACAAAAGAAAGUGGAAGAAAUAAAAUCAAAGCUACAGAGUUUGGUGUGUUCAUCCAUUCUUAGGCUGAUAAUGUGUCUAAAGAUAAGUUUUUUUCAUUGUGAUCUUACUUAGAAUUCAAAAGGUUUAGAAGAAAUGGGAGGAAAGCAAGGCACUCGUCCCAAUUCGUUAAGCUUCGACGCUACAUCCGGAUUGAAGGAUCAUAUGUUGGUGAAAGGAUUCAAGAAUGACUAUGCCAAGUUCAGUGCUUAUGGUAAAGGAGCUUAUGCUGGCAAACGCCACACCUGGUGGCCUCGUAGGCAUGUGAGAUCCGUUGUCUUCACCUUCGCGUUGCUUGGAUUCUUUUUCUUGCUUGAUUCAUUCAUGUACUCCUACUUUGAUCCCACUUUCUUCAAGAAUGGCCCCACACCAGCUUAUGCACCAAGGGUAAACAAAUCUACACCAUUUCAAUUGAUUUCAUCUGCAUUUACAUUUUAUGGGCUACUUCUGUUUGUGUUGCAGGACUUAAAUGCUGAAAAUGAGGCAAAUGAAAGAGGGCCUGUCAUGUACUCCCAGCUAGUGCAGAUGGCGUCGUUUUCACUUGCAAAGAUAGACCAAGAACAAAAUGUGACCAAGUUUUGGAAGGAAACACGUCCUGAGGCAUCCGCUUGGAAGCCCUGUGCAGAUAAGAACCAGAAAAGGGACGCGAAAAACACCACCGGUUUUAUACUGGUCAGUGCAAACGGUGGCCUAAAUCAGCAGAGAGUCGCUGUGUGUAAUGCUGUGGCUGUUGCAUCACUACUAAAUGCAACAUUAGUAAUUCCAAAAUUUCUUUAUAGCAAUGUGUGGAAGGAUCCAAGCCAGUUUAGUGAUAUUUAUCAAGAGGAGACAUUUAUGAACAUGCUGAAGGAUGAUGUAGAUAUUGUAAAAGAGCUCCCUCUUCACCUGAGAUCGACUGAUUUUGAGGCCAUUGGCAGCCUAGUAACAGAUGCAGACCUUUCGAAGGAAGCAACACCUGAUGAAUACAUACGAAACAUAUCUCCAAUAUUAUCGCGUAAUGGAGUUGUUCAUUUCCUCGGAUUUGGCAAUAGGCUUGGCUUCGAAUCAGUGCCUUCUCAUCUCCAGAAACUCAGGUGCAAAUGCAACUUCCACGCCUUAAAGUUCGUACCAAAAAUACAGAAAAUCGCAGCCUUAUUGGUGAAGAGGAUAACGAAAUACGAAGCUUCAAGAAGCUUGUUGGAUAGACAGCUUCUUGGAAGCUUCAUCCCAACGGAGCGUGUUGAGGCAGCAAAUCCAUCCAAAUAUCUGGCCUUGCAUUUGAGAUUUGAAGUUGAUAUGGUGGCAUAUUCUAUGUGUAAUUUUGGAGGCGGAGAGAGAGAGAGAGCACAGCUCCAAGCAUACAGAGAGGAGCAUUUCCCUCUCCUUCUCGAGCGUUUGAAGAAAGCAAAACCGCCUUCUCCCGAAGAACUGAGGAAGAUGGGGAGAUGCCCUUUGACACCGGAAGAAGCUGCACUCGUUCUAGCUUCUCUUGGAUUCGACCAUGGAACAUACAUCUAUCUUGCAGGAUCGCAAAUCUACGGGGGCGAAUCAAGGAUGCUUCCUCUAGUCAGCCUUUAUCCUAAUCUAGUGACGAAAGAGGACCUCCUCUCACCAACUGAACUCGAACCAUUCAGGAAUUUUUCAUCUCAGCUUGCAGCAUUGGACUUCAUUGCAUGCGCCGUUUCUGAUGUGUUUGCCAUAACAGACUCCGGGAGUCAGCUGUCGUCCCUAGUGUCUGGUUUCCGGACAUAUUUUGGUGGAGGAGAUGCCCCAACGUUGAGGCCGAGCAAGAAGAGGCUGGCUGCAAUAUUGCAAGAGAACAGCACCAUCAGUUGGCAUAGUUUCGAGAAGAGAGUGAGGAAGAUGAUCGAGGAAGGUCAGAGAGUGCGUCUCAGACGACCUGGCAGAAGCAUAUAUCGACAACCUAGAUGCAGAGACUGCAUGUGCAGUGAUAAUCAAUAGUUCAUUAUUUAAACCAAUUGUCUUCAUGCCUAUUUUGAGUUGUAAUGAGAUAAAAUUUUGUGCUUGAAGACGAGAAGAAGAAAAAGAUGAUGAUGAAAUUUAUCGUUAUUGGAUUAAA